GGAAGUGGGGUCCAUACCUCAAGACCAGGUCACAUGACUGUAACCGCCUUCUCAAGCUCUUUUCAAGCAGUGUGGUGAUAGAGAUCCAACCAGAGACAUUGGAGCAACGGGCGGACGGACAUACAACCUGAUCAGAUUUUCUAGUGCACUACCACAUUUUAUCCAACCUACAGAAGUCCUGCCCAGGCUUCGAUGCUUCACAGAAUAUUCAGAGAACUUCUGGAAGACUGAUGCCGUGCGUCAAAGCAAUCAUAAAUGAGAGCAUAAGACAUCAUUACAUCAUUGCAAUUUGUAUGACUGUGACAAGAAUUGGUUCACCUUUCAACAGCCAAUUUCUCUAUAUCCCUCACGCCGCUCUACACUUCCGAUGCUCAAGGACAGUAAACAUCAAAGUGAGAGGUAGUAUCAUGAUACGUCGUCUCUCCACCCACUAUGACCUCCUUACCAUCCUGCUGGAGGCCACCACCAGGGAUAUAGAUACAUCCUCCAGCCACCACAGCUUGAGUACCAUGACGAGGAACAGGCAUGGGAAACAACUCAACCCAUCGCUCGGAAGCCGUAUCAUACAUUUCCGUUUGAUUGAAGACACCGGUAUUGGAGUUUUGGUUUCCUACACCACCAAAAACGUAGAACUUCCCAUCAACAGCACCCCCAAAGAUGCCUCCGCGGGAGGUAGGCAUGUGGCCAGUGCUCGUCCUCCAUCCCACCUAUGUUCUGCAGAUCAAGUUCGAAAACCGCGUCUCGAUGAUACAUCUGGCCGUAUCGGCGUCCACUGAUAACAUAGAAAGUGUCUCCAAUAACCGCUCCAGUAGCAUGCUGGCGGCUUUCUGGCAAUUCAGCCGCAACGGACUCAAGUCUCUGCCAGAGGCCAGAGGUAGUGUUGAAUGAUAGAACGGAGUCGACUGCAUCUUGGUAUCCUGACUGGAGGACUGUCAUUCCGCCGGCUAGAUAGACCAUCUCGUUGUGAACACCAACGACGGAACUGCCCCUUUCUGUGCCGUUGGG